GCGGUGUUCAUCGUCCAUUUUUGUUUAUGUUCUGACUUCUUCUCUCCUUCUGGUCAUAAAAUUCGAUCUAAUUUCGUGAAGUUGUGCCACAUAUUUCAAAUUUUUGAGGUAAUCCUCCCUUAUCUUACAUUGACAUGGCGGAUUUCAUUGAUUCGGAGGCAGAGGAAAGCAGUGAUGAGGAGGAGUUAGAUGAGGUGGACCGAAAGAGGGCCAAAAAGCUUAAACAAGUGGAUUCAGAUGAAGAAGAAGAAGACGAUGAAGAAGUGUUGAAAGAUCUAAUUGAUGAUGCACCAAUAGAAGAAGAUGAAAGUGAUGGUGAAGAAUCAGAUGGAUCUGGAUCGAAAAAGCGUAAGAAGUCAGAUCAAGAAGAUGACUAUGAUGACCGACUGGAAGACGACGACUAUGAUCUACUGGAAGAAAAUCUUGGACACAAAAUAUCCAGGAAGAAACGUUUCAAGCGAUUGCGUCGAAUAGAGGAUGACGAGUCAGGAGAUGAAAAAGGCCGAGAAGAUGAAGAAAAGGAUGGUGAAGACCUCUACGACUCGGAACGGGAGCUUGAUGAGAGGGAGGAAGAACGUGGAUCAGAACGAGGGGAAGAUGAAGAUGGUGAAGGAGACUACUCAGAUGCAGAUGAUUUCAUUGUGGACGAUGAAGGUCGCCCAAUAGCCAGCCGUAAAAAGAAGAAGCCAAUUUUCGCAGAUGCUGCCCUCCAAGAAGCCCAAGACAUAUUUGGGGUGGAUUUCGACUUCGAUGAGUUUGACAGAUAUGGCGAUGAAUACGAUGAAGAAGAAGAGGAAGAAGAGGAGGAAGAUGAUGAGUAUAUAGAUGAAGAGGCUGGUGAGGAUGUGGACAGACCUCGAAAAACACGCAAGAAAACAGCUCGCAAAGCGACGCGCAAGUCCAUCUUUGAGUUGUAUGAGCCAAUUGAGCUGAAACGAGGGCAUUUCACUGACUUUGAUAAUGAGGUCAGAAACACAGACAUUCCUGAAAGAAUGCAACUUCGUGAGUUUCCUAUCGUCUCUGUGCCAGAGGGCUCUGAUGAACUAGAUGAUGAGUCGGAAUGGAUCUACAAACAAGCAUUCUGUAAACCAACAAUAUCUACACAGGAGAACCCUGGUGGAGUUGAUCCGCGAGACAAAUCCAGAAAAGGGCCACAAACAAUCGGAAAGAUCAAGAAAGCUCUUGAUUUUAUUAGAAAUCAGCACUUUGAGGUUCCCUUUAUUGCCUUCUACCGGAAAGAAUAUGUGCAACCAGAACUGACGAUAAAUGACUUGUGGCGAGUAUACAAGUUUGAUGCUAAGUGGUGUCAACUGAAGGCUCGAAAAAGUGCUCUGCAGAAACUUUUUGAGAACAUGCAAGAAUUUCAGUCGCAAGAAUUAAUGAAAGAAAGCCUCGAUGCUCCUAUUCCAGAGAAUGUACGGCUGAUCUCAGAUGAGGACAUAGAUCGGCUGAAAGCAGUUCAAACCACGGAGGAAUUGAAGGAUGUACACUCACACUUCUUGCUACAUUACUCAAAUGAAAUUCCCCUAAUGCUAGAAAAAGAAAGACAGAAGAAGAAAGAGGCUGCAAAGCAAAAACAGCAAGAUAGACCGAAAAAGAAGAAGAUGGUGACAGAUGAUGAUGGAAACGAAGUAGAGGUUGAGGUAACUGAUGAUGAAGCAGAGCCAGAAACCCAACCAGAAGAAGAAGAUGAGGAACCAGAGUUGGUCAAACCAGCUGUUCGGCAGGGUCCUUAUAGUCUUUGUCGCAAAGCUGGAAUUGGUGGUUUCGUGAAAAGGUUUGGAUUAUUGCCAGAACAGUUCGCUGAGAACCUGCGAGAUAAUUAUCAACGUAAUGAAGUCGAACAAGAGCCUGUUGGACCUUUGGUGCUAGCAAAAGAAUACACUUCUAGUCGGUUCACGUCUCCUGAAGAUGUAGUGCUAGCAGCUAAGUAUAUGCUCGCCAUGCAGAUUUCCAAAGAGCCACUAGUCAAAAGCUGCGUGCGAGAAACCUUCUUUGAGCGGGCAAAAAUUGAUGUGAGACCAACAAAAAAAGGAAUGAAAGAGAUUGACGAAAACCACAGCUGCUACGCCAUGAAAUACUUAAAGGGAAAACCAGUCAGGGAUUUAACGGGAGAGCAGUUUAUGAAACUCCAAAUUGCAGAGCAAGACAAGCUUGUGAACAUAAUAAUAAACGAACACAUUGAAGGUAUCACGCACAAUUCAUCCUAUGUGGAGGAGGUGAAGCAACUCUUCUAUCGUGAUGAGUUCAGUAAACAUGUCCAAGAAUGGAACAAGCUCAGGUUGGAGGCUGUUGAAAUAGCACUCUCCAAAAUGCUAUUCCCUGAUCUUUGCAAAGAGCUUCGCACAAACUUAUUAGGUGAAUCGAAAGAAUCUGUACUGAAAAAUUGCUGUGAUAAACUCUACAAUUGGCUGAAGGUUGCUCCGUUCUCCGUCGAUUUUGAUGAAGACGAUGAGGAGUGGGACACGAGCAAAGGACUCCGCAUUAUGAGUAUAGCCUAUGAGCCCGAUCUCUCCCAAGCAGCAUUUGGCUGUGUGAUCUCCCCAGAAGGUGAAGUUAUUGAGCAUAUAAGGCUUCCACACUUGUUGAAACGUAAGCAGUCUUUCAGAGUGGAUGAUAAAGCUCUCAAAGAGGCAGACCUUCGUGCCUUACGAGACUUCAUUUCUACAAAAAAACCGCAUGCUAUUUGUGUGGGCGGCGAGUCUCGAGAAGCUCUCAUGAUUGUUGCGGAUGUAAAAGAGAUCAUCACAAAUCUAGUAGAGGACGAGCAGUUUCCAAUGAUCCCCGUUGAAAUCGUCGACAAUGAAUUAUCAAAGAUCUAUGCCAAUUCAAAUAAAGGAAUUAGUGAUUUUCGAGAAUAUCCUCUCCUACUACGGCAAGCUGUUUCUCUUGCCAGGCGCCUGCAAGAUCCCCUCAUAGAAUUCUCUCAAUUAUGUACAUCAGAUGAUGAAAUUCUAUGCCUUCGAUAUCAUGCAUUACAAGACCAGCUAAGCAAAGAAGAGCUCUUGGAUGCCUUGACCAUCGAGUUUGUGAAUCGAACCAACGAAGUAGGUGUGGACAUCAAUGAAACUGUGCAGCAAGUUUACGCCAGCAAUCUAGUUCAAUUUGUUUGUGGGUUGGGGCCUAGGAAAGCUGCAGCAUUGUUAAAAUUACUAAAACAAACAAACCAACGACUAGAAAACCGAACUCAACUGGUCACCUCUUGUCAUAUGGGUCCUAAAGUAUUUAUCAAUUGCGCAGGUUUCAUCAAAAUCGAUACCAAUUCGCUUGGUGAUAGUACAGAUUCGUAUGUAGAAGUUUUGGAUGGUUCUCGAGUUCAUCCAGAAACGUAUGAAUGGGCCCGGAAAAUGGCUGUAGAUGCUCUGGAGUACGAAGAUGAUGAUGCAAAUCCAGCUGGUGCUUUAGAAGAAAUUCUUGAAGCACCAGAAAGGUUAAAAGACUUGGACUUAGACGCAUUUGCUGAGGAGUUGGAGCGACAAGGUUUUGGCAACAAGAGUAUUACUCUGUAUGACAUCCGUGCUGAGUUGAACCAUCGUUAUAAGGAUCUGCGCACACCUUACCGGUCACCAAACCCAGAGGAGUUAUUUGAUAUUUUGACCAAAGAGACCCCAGAAACAUUCUAUAUUGGAAAAAUGAUUUCAGCAGUCGUUUCAGGAAUCUCAAGAAAACAGCCAACGCCUGAACAGCUUGACAAAGCCAACCCUAUUCGAAAUGAAGAAACCGGCUUGUGGCAAUGUCCUCUUUGCUUCAAAAAUGAUUUCCCGGAAUUGUCAGAAGUAUGGUAUCAUUUCAGUACUUCCAAAGGCUGUCCUGGAUCUGCAACUGGAGUCAAAAUCAGGCUAGACAACGGCGUCUCCGGCUUUAUUCAUAUUAAAAAUCUGUCAGACAAGCAUGUCACGGAUCCUGAAGAGAGGGUGCAGCGAAAUCAAGUAAUCCAUUGUCGGAUAAUAAAAAUCGAUGUGGAAAGGUUUUCAAUAGACGCCACCUCCAAAUCCUCAGACUUACUUGAUAAGAAUCAUGAGUGGAGACCCCCCAAAGACCCUUUCUAUGACCUUGAAGCGGAAAUGAAAGAUAAGAAGACUGAAGAUGAUGCCAAGCAACAAAAGAAACGGCAGACUUAUAUCAAACGAGUCAUAGUCCAUCCCUCCUUCCACAACAUUUCCUAUAAAGAAGCAGAAGCUCUCAUGGCAUCAAUGGAGCCUGGUGAAGUCAUUGUCCGGCCAUCCAGUCAGGGAGCUGACCAUCUCACGGUAACGUGGAAGGUCGCUGAUGGUAUUUGUCAACAUAUUGACGUCAAGGAAGUGGGCAAGGAAAAUGCUUUUUCACUUGGGCAGACAUUGCUGAUUGGUAACGAGGAGUUUGAGGACCUUGAUGAAAUCAUUGCACGACAUAUCAACCCCAUGGCUGCAUACUGCCGGGAUAUUUUUUCAUUUAGGUACUACCGAAACACAGAUGGAGGUUUGAAAGAUAAAGCUGAAGAAAUAAUUAAGGAAGAAAGAAAGAAAAACCCAUCCAAAAUUCACUACAUAAUCUCUGUGAGCAAGAACUACCCCGGAAAAUUCUUAUUAUCGUAUCUGCCACGAACUCGAUGCAAACAUGAGUAUGUAACAGUGACAGCAGAAGGAUAUCGUUAUAGAGGACAAAUGUUUGACAGCAUAAGUACCUUGUUCCGUUGGUUCAAGGAACAUUUCAGAGAUGCUAUUCCAGGAACACCAAGCACUCCAAGAUCUGUAAACAUGAGAAGCACACCAUUCCAGCCUCACACACCAAAUAUGCUGAAUAUGAGUGUAGACAUGCAAAGGGUACCACCCCCAAUGGGUCUUAUGCAUACCCCUCACUAUCCGCAGACUCCAGCGGCUUAUGCAGCUGCAGCUAUGUCGGCGUAUCCCAACACACCUUAUACCCCAAGUGCAGCAACACCGCACUUUAUGACGCCAUACCACACGACCCAGACACCGAGGUAUGGUGGUCAUCAAACGCCCUCCCAUCAAAGUAUGGGACCGUUUAUCCACCCUGCACCUGUUGCUCCAUCUCCGCACCGGCAGCCUCGUAAUAGUCAGCCAUCCUCAUCAGCAGCUCCGGACGAUUGGCGAAAGCUGGCUGAAGACUGGGUCCGCUCCAACAAGAAAGAUGGCUCCUCAACUCCGAGAUCCAAUCCGAGGCAGAGUCCAAGAUAUGAAGAUUCUAGCUUUAGGUUGGGUCGAUCCACGCCAUCCUCAAGACAAAUGGGUCCAAGGAGUUAUCCUGAUCUGUUCUCGAACAAAUCUCCGGGUGGACGCUCAGGCUAUGCAACCCCUCACUCAGGCAGAUCAACCCCCAGGACUGUAGCAAGUCCUCGAUCGAUGAUCGAAAGUUCGCUGGGUGAUGCGACGCCCCUGUAUGAUGAGAACUGAAGCAUUUUGGCAAUGUUGUAAUAAUGUUAUUUCUGUACAGUAAUUAGCGAAUUUAUUUUCAAUUUUUAUCUGUGCCCUUUAAUCUCGCCAAAUUGCGAAAAUUAGUCUCUCGCGGAAUAUUAGUUUCUCCACAUCAAUAGCUUCUGUAAUAAGUUGUAAAGUGUGCUGUGAUGAAGCAUAUUAAGUAAAUUAAUAUCUUUAUUUUAACAAUUUUGGCUAGCAAGGUUAAGUUUAUCUGUUCCUGUAUGCCAUUUUGUAAAAGCCAGAAGGAAAAAGCUUUUGACAAGCAUGUAUUUAUAAUCACCUCAGGGUUAAUAAGUCAAAGAUGUCCUGAAUCCCUCGUGUUGAAUUCUGAUAUUCGUCAGAAUAGAGAGAAAUCAAGGUCACAAAGGCCUUAAAUUGUUUUUAGGGUUUUACAAGGAAAACUCACAAUAGAAUUGGUUCUACCUUUGCUCAAUGUGACCUCAAAAUUUUGUUCUCAUUUUUUCUGACCGAAAUUUUGUUUUUUAUGCCAAUUUGAGUUGGUAAUCACCGUUGGGUCUAAAAUUAAAGUGUUAGUGAUUUUUUUUAACGUUUUUAUUUCUGCUAAUUUUCUAAUAUUUUUUGGUGCAAUUAAUUUAAGCAGUGGCAAAGUAUCAGCAGUGGUGGUCAAUCUGCUUGAGAUCUAGCAAUAACACAUGAACAGCUCUGAUUGAAACCAGCUUCACUGUAUUUUGUUCCUCAGAAAAUUUCCUUGAGUAUCAUUUUUGUUUCUAACCAAAAACUGGGCAGCAUCAAACCUUGAAACUCUCUGAGCAAUACAAGGACUGUACUUGACUAAAUUUCAAGGAACCGCUUAGCUUGGUUAUCUUUUGAAAAAAGUAAAGCUACUUGGAGAAAUUUUCUUUUGUGAAUUGUAGCUCUGAUGACUGCGGUCACUGCUGUCUAUGUGAUAGCAUCAAGUCUCCCUCGUGUACUUGAAUUUUGGUUUAAUUCAACAGUUGUCUCGAAUUUCAUCUGUUUUACGAGGAGCUUAGGUACCUCGUUUUAUGCAAAAUCAAAGCUGAUUCUAUUAACACAACUGAUCCUACCGCUGAACUAUGUAAUAUAAAGUUCAGGCAGAUGGUACUUCUACUGGUAGCUACUUUCAAAUAAGAACUGUCAAACCAAUGAACUUGCAGAUUUCCCUUUUAGCCUUGUAUCAAUUCCAUCAGCUUUAUUUUUGGCCCCAGAUCAAGGUUAUUCCCUCUUAUUCAUGAUCAGAUGUUAGUUUUAAGUUUUAUAUGAUGGCAUUCUUUUUAUAUUCCCUCAGUCUUUUUUAAUGAUCAUUACCAUGGACACUUAAUCAGUUAUAUUAUUUGAGUUUGAAAUAGGUUGUUGUUGCUAAAUCUAAAUUCUGCGCUAUUUUGGCUCCAAGACGCAUCAUUUAAUUAUUUCUCCCUCUUUUAGUAAUUAUAGAACCAAAUAUUCUAUUUUA